AUGCAGCUUUCCCCGGGAAAAACAUCCGCAGAGCUUCUGAUCAACGACAGGCCAGAAGAUGGCACCAUUUUAAAGACUGCAGGAGACGAAUUAGAGUUGUCGUGCACAGGGACUGCUGGACUAAAGUUACACUGGGUAAAGCCGGACAAUUCGAUUUACAAAGGCUACGAUGACCCAGUCUCAAGCAAACGUCUCUUCGUUGUCAACCGUGAUGAUGAGGGAUACAGCAAACUGACUCUCAUGCAGCUGCGCUGGACAGACACCGGCUGGUAUCGAUGCGUUUCCGACAAUGCAUCAAAGGGGCAAUAUACCACUAAUCUCGCUGGGUUCAACAGCGUCUACCUCUUUGUCACCGAUAAGGACCCACAGCAUCUAUUUCUUCACUGGGUGGAUGAAGAUGACAACUAUUCAAACCUCAUUCCCGUGUCAAGAAAGCUUGGUGGUUACAUCAGUUGUCUGGUGACAAAUCCUAACGCUCGAGUAUCAUUUCAUUCAUCGACGCCUGUCAAAAUUUCUAUGGAAGCAUACGAUCCAAAACGAGGAUUUUUCGUGCAGAAAAAUUCACUGGAUUCCUCUGCAGGAAUCCUGAGUUACUGCACUGCGACGCUUGACAGUAUGCAAGAUGAAGUGCGGUUUUUGUUCCUGGUUGUUGAUGACUCCCAAGUGCCGGAGCCUGAGAUCGACCGUAGCGGUGCAAUGCACCCAUACGUUUCCGGUUCAAUGUCCCUCAGCUGUCUGAACAAAUUUAUCCAGUCUUUCGAAGGAGUUUGCAAAUGGUCGUUUCCGUCAAUGAACGAGCUAGAGAGCAAAUCACGAAUUCUGGAGAUGAAUCACGUAGAUGCGCUUUACAAUACGACAUUGUAUUUCAAGUUCCUGCUCCUCGAAGACUCUGGCCGUUACGAAUGUACAUGUUCCAAUAUUGGCGUUGAAUAUGGUGAAACCGCGUUUGUCGAUAUCACCGUCUCAGCAGUUAAAGGUGAAGUAACAUUUAAUGAAACCGGCGAAGAGUCGAAGAUAUGUCAUGAGGACGAUUCGCUACAACUGCAGGCGAACUUCACAGCGUGGCCGUUGAAUGAAUUGAGUGUGCAGUGGUUCCAGAAAGUGGUCUCCGUCGAAAAUGGCGUUCAGCUGUUUCCAGUUAGCAAUCCAUCGAAAGACGAUGGACAAAGCAGCACCCUGGAGCUUCAUCGGUUGCGUGUCAGCGAUUCAGGACAAUACAUAUGCAGCGUUACAGCUGCCCAACUGGUCGCCAAUAAAACGUUUUAUUUGACCGUACUUGCUUCACCAAAAAUCACUGACAUUUUUGUCUCAAAGUCAUUCAACAUUCUUGAAAGAGUUGCCAGUCAAUUCCUGCAGCUUAAUCGCACUUAUCACGUGAACUGCAUCGGCGAAGGCAUUCCUCUGCCUAACCUCUACCUCUACUGGAAGCCAUGCUUAGAUAAAGAAAAUUGUCAAUGGUUUCCGCUGCCGGAUUCAGGUAUUAAAGUGGAGAUCCUCAAUGGCACAUUUCAGAGUUUAGCUUUUGUGACUGAAUUAACCACAACGGUGAAAACUUAUAAGUGUGCCUUGAAACCGUUGCAGCCAGCAGAAGACCCUGAUUCAUUGGAAGGCAGAACAAUUAGCUUAGUGCCAUGCGAUAUCGAAGAUGCAGAAAAACUGUUGGGAUUCGGCAUUGUAGCUGAGGCUCAAAAUUCGACGGAUCCAGUAUAUGACAGCCAGCAAAUUAAAAUCAGCUGCAGGUUUCAAAAAUGGUUUUACCGCAGUCCGGCAUGGUCCAAAGAGAACAGAAACAACACCAUUUCUAAUCGCAUGAAUAUCACAUGGAUCCCUAUUCCGGAUGAAAAGAUCUUUACCAGCACUACCGAAUGGUCACGACAUGCUGACUUGAUCUUCAGCCCUGUCAAUCAUGCUGAUUCUGGUAUUUAUCGGUGUUGUGUUCGUGUAGUAGAUACAAAUCAGACCGUUUGUAAGUCCCGUCGUUUGGAUGUAGUUCAAACGGUGGCACCGUCGUUUUCAGAGCUCACUUCCAAUCAUUCGCUGAUUGCAACUUUCCGUGACUCAUUCGAAAUUGUGUGCAUCGCUGACGGUGUGCCUAAACCGUCAAUUACUUGGUUCAAAAACGGAGUUCUGAUGACUCAGUCUGCCAGACACGGUAUUUCCCUGACCUCGCACAAACUGACUAUCUCCAGAGUCAUUGGUGAUGAUGCUGGGUUAUAUUUGUGCGUAGCCGAGAACCUUGUCGGCACAUCCACCAGAAAUUUCACUCUCACCGUCUUAGGGCUAACCAGUGGCACUGUUUCAGACAGUGACAAGAAGAUUCUUACGAUUUGCCUUGCCGUACUUGGCGUAUUUAUCGUCGCUCUAAUUUGUAUGGUAGUCGAAAUGAGGCGUCGUGACAGCAGGCGGGUCAAGUUGCUCAAACAGUUAUAUAAUCAGCUGGUGAAUUCCACAGAAAAUAAAACGGACAUUGACCCAAAGGUGCCCGUUAAUGAGCAAACUGAGAAUCUAUGUUAUGAUAUCAGCUACGAAAUUCGAAAGGAAAAUCUAAAACUCGUCGAGGAGCUUGGAAGUGGUCACUUUGGUCGCGUGUGGAAAGGUUACAUCUUGGACGAUCAAGGAAAUGAACAGCUCUGCGUUGCGGUCAAAGUCCCCAAAGGUACAGUUACUUUAAACCAUGGAGGUGAAUUGGACCCUUCAUGGAGCCAAGAGAUGGCCCAAAACUUUAAUAAAAAGACGUUUAUGUCAACAUCAGAUCUACUGUGCUUCGCCUAUCAAGUGGCAAAUGGAAUGGAAUACCUAAUACAUACUGUUAAAAAAUCGCAACAUUAA